GGGGCACUUUGGGGUGCUGAGAUCUGAAGUCAGAGCCACCCGGAGCAGGGCAACCACUCGGGCCGACCUAGCGGACGACACAGGAGCGGAGCUAGCGGCCAGACUGGGAGAGCCGGGCCUGGAAGCGGUGGCUGCUGAGCACAACUUUGCAGUGUUGUUCCCUCUGCUGCUCCGGCCGGGUACUUCUCCGGAGUAGCUGGGUAGCUGGGACCGGAGUGCGCCAGCGACUAGCGCGCCGCGCAAGGAAAGAUGAUGAUGAUGUCCCUGAACAGCAAGCAGGCGUUCAGCAUGCCUCACGCAGGCAGCCUGCACGUGGAGCCCAAGUACUCGGCGCUGCACAGUGCCUCCCCGGGCUCCUCUGCGCCCGCGGCGCCCUCGGCCAGUUCCCCUAGCAGCUCCAGCAACGCUGGAGGCGGCGGCGGUGGCGGCGGAGGUGGCGGCGGCGGCGGCCGGAGCAGCAGUUCCAGCAGCAGCGGUAGCGGCGGCGGUGGCGGCGGCGGGGGCUCGGAGGCGAUGCGGAGAGCUUGUCUUCCAACCCCACCGAGCAAUAUAUUCGGCGGGCUGGAUGAGAGUCUGCUGGCCCGUGCCGAGGCUCUGGCCGCCGUGGACAUCGUCUCCCAGAGUAAGAGCCACCACCACCAUCCGCCCCACCACAGCCCCUUCAAGCCGGACGCCACUUACCACACCAUGAACACCAUCCCGUGCACGUCGGCAGCCUCCUCUUCUUCUGUGCCCAUCUCGCACCCGUCCGCUCUGGCUGGCACCCACCACCACCACCACCACCACCAUCACCACCAUCACCAGCCGCACCAGGCGCUGGAGGGCGAGCUGCUUGAGCACCUGAGCCCCGGGCUGGCCCUGGGAGCUAUGGCGGGCCCCGACGGCACGGUGGUGUCCACUCCGACUCACGCACCGCACAUGGCCACCAUGAACCCCAUGCACCAAGCAGCCCUGAGCAUGGCCCACGCGCACGGGCUUCCCUCGCACAUGGGCUGCAUGAGCGACGUGGAUGCAGACCCGCGGGACCUGGAGGCGUUCGCCGAGCGCUUCAAGCAGCGACGCAUCAAGCUGGGAGUGACCCAGGCAGAUGUGGGCUCCGCGCUGGCCAACCUCAAGAUCCCGGGCGUGGGCUCGCUCAGCCAGAGCACCAUCUGCAGGUUUGAGUCUCUCACGCUGUCACACAACAACAUGAUCGCGCUCAAGCCCAUCCUGCAGGCGUGGCUGGAGGAAGCAGAGAAAUCCCACCGCGAGAAGCUCACUAAGCCGGAGCUCUUCAAUGGCGCGGAGAAGAAGCGCAAGCGCACAUCCAUCGCGGCCCCCGAGAAACGCUCGCUGGAAGCCUAUUUCGCCAUCCAGCCAAGGCCCUCCUCGGAGAAGAUCGCGGCCAUCGCCGAAAAGCUUGAUCUCAAGAAAAAUGUGGUGCGCGUCUGGUUCUGCAACCAGAGGCAGAAACAGAAGAGAAUGAAAUACUCUGCCGGCAUUUAGGGACCCUUCUCCAUGGAUGGCCCUUUCCCUUCGCCCUCUUUUUUUCUAACCCCCCUCUUGUCUUUCCUGCCUCUUUCCUUUCUACUUUGGCUAUCAGAAAACAAUUCCGGUAAAUGUGAACCCAGACCAAGCCAGGAGCAAAGAAGCAAGCAGCUGAGCCCAAAUCAGAGAGAUUGUGAACCGGUUUCGCAAAGUGAAGAAAAACCAAAACCACAAACAACACAACACGAAAAGGAAUUUGUCAAGUUAUAGCAGAGCUGUCCCCUUUAACUGCACCUCAGCUGCUCGGCUUCGUCAGAGAAAGCGUGGAGCUGACUGUCAACAGGAUGGCAGAGGGAAAAGCCUUUGAGAACCCUGCAAGAAUGAGCAAGUAAGAUUUGCUUUUGUUCUUACAGACGUCACCUUGUUCACCUUUAAAAGUACACUUUGCAGCUAUUUUUCAGAAAUAGAAAUUGAUUCAGAACUGAAACUCGAAGCUAGAGUUGAUGCUUAAUGUGAUAUGAUAGAGACAUCUCUAAAGUAUUUUGAAUUAAAAAAAGAUGGCAGAUUUUCUGCAUUUACACUGUAUAUUAUAUAUAUAUUUUUAUUGUGGUUCUUAUGCUUACUUCCUUCUCUGAAGUGUUAACUCUUAGGGAAGGAGUCGCGCCUGCUGUGUUCACUGAUCUUGACAGCUAUUAUUAGAUUAUUGCCGUACAACCCUCUGUAAAUUAUUAAUUUAUCUCUCUGGCAACUUAAUUUUGUGCACAUCCUAAUUAAUUAAACUUCUUUAGUCUGAAAAAAUAAAACCGGCCGAUAUGUAUAGCUAGUGAUGCUCAAAACAUUUCUUUCUUUCUUUUUUUCUUUUUGGUCUGAUGCGUUUCCUGGAGUUUUACAGCUUCCCACUUAGACUGUGUUCGCUUUGGCCUAGUUGUAUAUUCUCACUUUGAAUGAAGAUUGUUUCUUCCCUUUGUUUUUGACUGGUAGUGUUCUAAUUUGUGAGCUGACACUCUAUAAUUGAUGUCUUAACCGUGUAGACCAGAUUCACUGUCCGAAGUCUUGUUUACUUCCUUACAUAUUUAAUGGGGAUUCCCACAUCGUCUCCACAGCACACGUGCUCUCUCACUCACCUUACAUGCCUACACACAGACACGCGUACACACCUCUAACAGAGGAGAAGGAGCAGUUGGAUGUACCAACGAUGAGCACUGUAUACUUCCCCAGCCUUAGGUGCGUUCUCCAUUUGGUGCUUACUCUGCUGGAUUCUAAGAUUUCAUCAAGGUAUUUCCAUCUCCCAGUUUUCGAUUGCUUUGUUGCUACAUUUUGACCGUUAUAGGGAAUCCUUCAGUUUUUUCCUUUUAGGAGGUUUGUUUGUAGGGGGAAAUUUUUGGAACUAUAAGAAAGACAGUGCACUGCUUGUAAAUUCACAGUAUUUGGUAGAAUCCUUUUGGAGCACACACACAAAUAGGUACAAAGUGACUGGUACCUUAUCUAUUGUAAAUAUUUCAUUCAAAAUGAUGCACAUAUGAAUAUAUUCUUACAGAAUUUGCUGUAAUUGCUGACCCAUUUGAGGCUCUCCAAAGUUCUGAGUUCUGUAUAUGACCUCGUUUCUUGUUUUUGUUAAUGGAUUAUUUACUAUAGUAAUGUAUUAAGUUAUUUUGAGUGUUGUUUCAUUGUCUUUCAUUGAAGAGAUGAUUUUAAUGUUUUACUGGCAAAGUAUGCUGCUUUUUCAUUAAAAUAUGCUAUUAAUAUUAAAUGACUUUUAAAACGUG